UUAACCUCAUCAGAAUGUAUCUAAGGUAUUCCCUGGUGACCACGCAGAUGAUGAGAAAAACUGAAAUCAAGGGGAGGGACUGAACUUUGCAGAAGGCUGGAAGGCAGAUCUUUAUUUCAAUGAACCGAUUUGUGUCUCUUGGCUCCAUUUACCUCUGUGUCCUUCUGACAGAAACCCGCCUUCUUUGCCCAGUUUCAGGAUUUGCCGAGAAAACCCCAGUGAAGCGUAGGUGACAGUCGCAGCAGGGAGAAGAUGCUCUGCAUAGGGUGGAAAGUUUUCAGAUAAGAUGCAAACAGCUUCUGUCUUGUUUUGACAAUGCUGUUCGCGUUGUGUUCAACUGCAAACAAGUUUAGAGUUUCGGGCUGGAAAUACUGGCCUUAAGAGGAGCUUCCGCUGAAAGCGCGUCUGGACGCAACAAUGAAUAAUCCGCCGAUGAGGACCAUGGUUCCGACCAUCCCGUCUGUUAUGUUCAUAUUCGGAGUGGUCGGGAAUGUCAUCGCCAUCGUGGUUCUGUGUAAAACUCGCAGAGAGCAGAAGGAAACCACGUUUUACACGCUCGUGUGUGGCCUGGCGGUGACGGACCUCCUGGGCACACUGCUGGCCAGCCCGGUCACUAUUGCCACCUACGUGAAGGGGUCGUGGCCCGGAGAGGACCCGCUGUGCAAAUACUUUGGCUUCACCAUGCUCUUCUUCUCCCUGGCGGGGCUCAGCAUCAUCUGUGCCAUGUCUGUGGAGAGAUACAUCGCCAUAAACCAUGCCUACUUCUACAACGACUAUGUGGACCAGAAGCUGGCCGGACUGACCCUGGUGGCCAUAUAUAUCUCCAACGCGUUCUUCUGCGCUCUGCCGAUCGUCGGCUUCGGACAGGUGAAGAAGCAGUACCCAAAAACCUGGUGCUUCUUAGAGUGGCGGAGCAACAAGACCAGCGAUGCCGCCUACUCUUACAUGUACGGCGGGUUUAGUUCUCUUCUCAUUCUCGCCACUGUCAUCUGCAACGUCCUGGUGUGCGUGGCUCUGAUGCGGAUGCACCGGCGCUUCGUGCGCAGGAUGUCGCUGGGAACGGACGCGGGGCGCAACAUAGACCCACGGAGGAGAGCACGCAGCUUCGGGCGUCUGGCCGGUGCAGAGAUUCAGAUGGUCAUUCUGCUCAUAGGCACAUCGGCGGUAGUGCUCAUCUGCUCCAUUCCACUUGUAGCUCAGGUGUUUCUGAACCAGCUUUAUAAGACGCCAGUGGAGCUGCGCCUGGACAAGAACCCAGACCUCCGGGCAAUACGCUUCGCAUCCUUCAACCCUAUUCUGGACCCUUGGAUCUAUAUCCUUCUGCGUAAAGCUGUUCUCCUUAAACUUAUUGAGAAAAUCAAGUGUCUGUUUUGUAAAAUUGGAGCAAGAAGAAGGCAACAGAGAAGGGGAAAUUUUCCCUGUAGAGACGCUCAUCACCUCUCCUCGGUCAUCUCCAGCCAGGACACUCCCUCCUUGGUGUCCCAUGACCUGCAAAACAUUAAGAGUAAUUCUCAGACUUUCUUCUACGUGCCAGAGGAAAGUGAGCGAGACAAUGGAAACCGUCCAAAGGAAGACAAACUGUGUGUUUCGCCACCAUCUUCAGUCCGAAACUCACAAGCCUCUUACUCUUCUGAGAAGGGCAGCACGGAGGCUCAAAUGGAAGAAGGAACAAACACGAUUACAGAUUUAUCAACAGUGCCAUGCACAAAAGAUCCAGCACUCCGGGUGACGCUGAAUACAGAGACAGUGGAGGAGAAAUGCAUCUGACUCCUUUCUACAUCAGGAGAUUUCUCAUAUUUUCUUAGUAAGGCAGCCCGUCAGAGUUACUUCUCCAUCAGAGGAGAUGUAAAUUCCUUAAAAAAGGAGUGGGAACACAAAAAUAAUGAUAAACUAAUAUUUUGUUAAUAUGACACAUGCAGUGAGAAAGAUCUGUUAUCGUAAACAUAGCCAUAGAAGAACAGACGCUUUGUAGUUGGCUUGUGGCACCGCAAAAGUUAUGUCUGCCAUAUUGUGGGUGGCAUUUUCACCUUGCAAAACAAUACAAGUCCAAUAAGAGAAGCACAAAAAUGUAUAAAUAUGUUUCAUAUAUAUUAUAUAUAAUAUUAUGUACAUUCAUUUUAGCACUGAUGUUGUUGAGCUCUGAUGCUAAAAUUGAACAAUAUCUGUACAUCAAAGUAGGUGAGUAUACAUGAACGACGAAACAUAGUCUGUUUGAAAUGGACUUAAUUUAGCUCUGAAAAUAUCCAAAACCACUAUGUAAUCUGGGUAAUUUAGCUUAAAUCAUUUUAACCAUUUAAAAAAUAUAUUUAGCUAUUUGGCUUUGUCAAAAAAUAUUAAGGGGUGGAUGUAAGAGUCUUUGACCUUGUUUUACAUGUUAAUUUAAUAAUUAUAAAAAACUAUAAUAAUAGAAAAUACCAUAAUUAUUAUGAUGAUGAUGAUUAUCAUUAUUAUUAUCAUAAGAAGAACAAUAAUAUUGUUGUUGAAAGUUAAUUAAACUGGCUUAAACAAAUUUUCCUUUUGCCACAAAAAUGCCACUCACAUUAUGGCGGCCUGUGACGUCUACUCUUGUAUGUUUAUGAUCGUGAGCACUCAGCUACCUCAGUGAUAACAAACUCUGAAUGCAGGCUUAUAUUCUGUGAGAGAUGUCCUGCAGCAAUCACUGAAGGAAAUGUAUAUAUCAGCGACUGUGUGCAUUUACUGGAGGAACUGUGUCCUCCAAAGUAAAUGUGGCUAGCAAUUCAAAAAAAGUGGGUCACAAGAUAUUGUUUACUCCCAGGACUUUUACAGCAGUGAAGUCCUGGUAGUAAACAUUGGUAUGUGCUGCAAUGGAUAGACUGAUUCUCUAAAACAAACUCUAUUGAUGCUUAUUCAAGACUAAAUCUCAAAAAGUCAAAGUAUUAAAAUUCGUACAGUUUAUUAAAAGAAAAUCAUUUGUAAACAUUAGCUGCUGGUGUACGCAUUUGUCAUGUAUUAAAUAGCCAAAAAGCUAAAAAAUAUCUGUUCACGCAUCAAAAUAUUUUGCAGGUAACAUAUUUAUUCUGUUUCCAAACAUUCAAAAUGGGAAAAAAUAAAUAAAUACAAGUUUUGGUACAAAUAAAUGUGCAUAUUUUGCUUAGAAUCUGUAAAAUAUUUAUAUAUUAAUGUAAGUUAAAUACAAAACAAUCUCUUAAAACCUUAUGCUGCAAUUUCUAAUUCAAACACAUAAUGUUUCCAUAAAUCAUCCUCAGAGCAGCUUUGGUAAUCUGUCAAAGUUUUAAAGCGGUAGUUUGGCUUAUGUAAUGGGGGCUUCAGUGGAGCUGUCAUCGAUCAUCAAUCUUACCUACAGCAGACCGUGUUCAGAGUCGUCUCAGUUUGGAGAAAUAGACAGACGUUCUGUCGAAAAGUCAAACUAACUGCUAUUUUGACUUUGACCAGUUCCAAAAUCAGAUUUUUGAUAACUUAAAACAAUCUUAAAAUGGCGUAUGAUCCACUUUUAAAACUAUUUACUCUGGCAUUAUUUUUGCAUUACAUGAUUUUUGAGUAGGAGGUCUUGUUUUUCUGCUGUUCAUUAGAAAUAAUGUCUCAUUUGAAACACUUUAAUGUAAUUCCUUUUUUGUCAUUGCAUUUUAAAGUGAAAAUCUGUUCUCUAAUGAGAAGUGAAUAAAAAGACACAAAAACAUAAAAUAUAGUCAUAAAUAGUUAAUAUAUCACCAACAUAAAAACAAAAAUUCAGAGCAAAGCUAUUGGUGGCUGAGCGCCAUCUUGAAUCCUUUAUCUUACACACUGUACCCAAUACACUCAGAGUGAUUUUCGGAUGCAAAAGUAAUGCAGUGAUGCAUUAUAUUAUCAGAACAGCUGUAAAACCUUUGAGAUUGUAAUUGUUUUAAUGCCACUAUACAACUGUUUCUGGUCUUGCCACAUAUACUGACGUAGAGAAAAAUGUUGGUUUUAAGGAGUUCUAAACACGGAUAAAGAAGUGCAUGUUGUAAAACAUGAAGUUCUGACUAUUCUGUCUCUUAAGUAAAGCUGCAGUCAGGAGUUCUAAAAAAAAACGUGAACUUAGCCUGAAAAUUUGAAUAUGAACACCUUACAGGUUCCUCCCCCUUGCUCUCUGCUGUGCUACACCCCUCCCUCCACAGCGGAGCCUGUCAUGAACCUCCAGGCUAGGAAGCAGGGCAACCGAUGAAGGCGGACAAACAGCUAUGGCACAUUCAUUGGUAAGAGAAAACAUCACUGAUAUGCUUUACAUUGACUAUGACCUGCCCAUACUAUUUGCACAGCUACUGCACACAGGCAAUCUUGAGCUUGAACAACGGUACGUGAUGUGUGUGGUGGUGGGGGUGAGCAGCGCGUAAAACAUUCCUCCUGGCUCUGAUUGUUAUUUUUUUCUCACCAGGAGCUGUGUAUUUCUGCAAAUAGCAGUAGGACCACUGGGAAGAGUCAGAGGAGCUUGGUUUCGUGCUGUCAGGACAUAGUGACCUACUGGUGCUUUAAGUACUAGUAUUAUGCAGCCCUCAUGUUUUUGUACACCUUGUGUUUAUUUUUAUAACAGGUGCAAAAUAUACACUUCUCUAUUUGCUGAAUAUGUCAGAACAAAUGAAGUAUUUUUUCCUCCUUAUUCAAUAAAUGUCUGGACAUCUCAUAAGUGCCCCCCAAGUGGAUAAAUUAUGAUUAGCUGAUAUAUUAAGAAAGCAGGUUGGACUGGCAUGCUGUUAAAGCAGCUUCAAGCAGAAUCAAAUGUUUAAAAAGACAAUAGUUUGACUGUGGCAGUAGAUUGAAAGUUCCUUUAGAACAGGGUCCUCUCUUAGAAUUUAUUACCUGAGCUAUCAGACAGAACUGCUUUCUCUAAACUGAGGUUGUUUAAAUGGAGGUCUGCUACAGUAAGAUACUGACUGCUGAUAAUUAUUCAACAGAAUAUAUUUCAAAAACAACCCAAACUAUCGCUUUAAUUUUUUUCUAUGUAAGUUGACACCUUCUGCUGUCGUGUUACUUUUCAAACUGCUGUUAAAAUCAGCUAUUAUGAUUAAGCAUUAUCAGCUUUGUGGCUCAGAAUGAACAUUUUUACUGCCUAAUGUUAACUUGUCUCAAAUGGUUGCCUACUGAUAAAACUGCAUUCCCAUUAUUCUUGUUUUUGUAAUGCUUGCUUUUGUGAAAACUGCUAUGAUUUGAUUGGAAUGUGACAUACAAGUGCCCUGUUCAGCAAGAUUUGUUUUAUUUAUUUCAUCAGUUAAUUUAUUAACUUCAAUUUUUGAUGUUUUGUUUGUAAAAUUGUAAGGUGAUUAUUGUUUUUUUAUGCAAACAUGAUUCAGUGUUAAUGACACAGAACAUUUGUGUAAUAAUUUGUGUAAUUAAUAGGUAUAUGUACAUUUAUUGAUGCAAUGCAAAUUACUUUCAAUUCUGUUGUUUCACAAAAACAUGGUCUGUGACCUUCAGGCAUACUGUAUGUCAUCAAUAUAAAGAAGAACUUGCAUCAUGA